AUGCUAAGAACAAGACGACUACUAAUUCAUAAUAGUAAACUACGAAAUAAAUUACUUCAUACAUGUUGUAUACGGCAUCAACAAAAACAGACUACAACUGAUUUUCUGGCUAUACGAUCAUUAAUAAAUGAAAAAGGAAAACAUUCAUCAAAAAGUAAAUCACCAAAAGUAAUAGAUAGAUCGUUUUUAAACAAUUUAGUCAAUAAAGAUGAUAAAAAAUACAAAACUGACUCAAAAAUAGACUUAUCAAAAUUAUCAAAUAUAAUUAAAUCCAAAAAAAGAAUAUACGAUAUUGAACAACCUGAAUUUGAUUUAGAUAGACCAAAUAAACUAAUUUUGGAAGGUAUCAAGAAAAAAGCAGAAUUUUCAAACAAAUUAAGAUAUAAAGAGCCCUCCAACAAUUGGAAAGAGAAUGUUACCAAUUUUCAUGGAUUACGAAGUUUAUUUGGUCAAUUACCAAAAAAUUUAAAAGUGAAUGGUAAAUUAAUGAAUAAUCCCAUAAAAGUUGGAGAUUUAGUCACAUUAGGUACUGAUAGCUUAAGAUUAUAUAUAGUUGCAGGGAUUCCAAAAUCAUUUGAUUCAAAAAUUGCCACUUUUCUUUCUGAUAAAGGUGAAAUAAUAUUUGCAAGUUUUUCAAAUAUUGGAUAUAGAAUACCUGAAGCAAUACCUGAAAAGUACUCAUCAAUUAUUCAAAAUUUUAUCAAACUCGAGCAUAAGAUCUUAAAUACUCCACCUAUCGGUAUACCUGAUGCAAAAUUUUCUAAAUCUGAAAAAGCGUUGCCAAAAGAAUUACAACAAAAUGACGUUGAAAAUCAAAAGGAGAAAGACGAGGAAAUUGAGGGAGAUGAGUCAGAUUAUGAACCAAAUAAUUUGAUAGUUGCACAAGCUUCUUCUCAAUUGUUAACAAAUUCAAAUGUUCAAACUUUCAUAAUUCCAAAUUCUGCAAGAGAAUUAUAUCAUAAAGCAUUAACUGAAAUUUCAACAACAGCUUUUAAAAUGGUACACGAAAUGAAUCAAAAAUUGGAAGGUUUACAUAGAAUAUUACAAAAUGACAUAACUGGAGAAAUCAAUGCACCUAGAUCAAUAUCAAUAUUUGAAAUAAUGCACAAACUACAAAAUGGAACUUCACAAGCUGAACACGAGGAAGUAGAUAUAAAGUUAGGUCCCACUCCAUCACAAAUGAUUGAUUACGAUUCUCAAAAUUUCCCUGUUUCUAAUUAUUUAGCCGUUUUAUUUGCAUUAAAGAAACAAAGUAAAUUAUGGACAUUACAGAAGAACAAAGUAUCUUACUCACCAACCAAACUUAUCAUAUGGCCAUUAGCUCAAGUUGCCCAUGAAGACAGGAUAAUUCAAGAUUUAAAUGAUAAAGGAAUUGAUGUUAUUGCUAAGUAUUGUGUUGACCAAGUAACUGAAAAAAACAAAUUGACGAAACCAAAAAAUUAUGAUGGUGUGAUCAAUAUAUUAAAACAAUAUGUUAAUGGAAAAUAUGAAAAUAAUCCAAAGAUCUCAACUGUUCUUGUUUCAUUAUUGAGAAAAAUUGAUAAACUAUUAAUAGAAAAGGGUGUUGUUCUAAAUGGAGAUUUAUACAAAUUCGAAUAUUCAUUUGCCAAAGCCUAUGACUUAUUAACUAAAUUAAAUGAGAAUAAAAUUGAAAACCCUAAUAGAUGGUCAAGUGAGGCUGAAUUACCUGGAGAAGAAAUUUCCAUGAAAGCAGAUUUGAAAAAGAACUACUACAAUUAUAUUGAUAAGAUAACUGACGCAAGAGGUAAGGAUAUCGUUCAAUCGAAUUCGUUAGGUUUGAAUUUUUAUGAACAAGAUCCACUUGAAGAUAUCAGAAUUGAUAUGAAAGAUAUUCCUGUAUAUUGUAUUGAUGAUCCAACAGCUCAUGAAAUUGAUGAUGGUAUAUCUUUACAUGAAGAAAAUGAUAAAUAUGUUGUAUCUAUUCAUAUUGCUGAACCAAGCUCUUAUAUUAAACCAAAUUCAGCUAUCAGUUCAAUAGCAUUUGGUAUGUCAUCAACUUCUUACUUACCAGAAGAUGUUUUCCCGAUGUUACCUCAAAUUAUAUCAAAAGUAGCAGGAUUAGGUAUUAACGGUCAAGAAACUAGAACUUUUGUUAUUCAAUAUAAAUUAAAUAAAACUGAAGUUGAUGAAUAUGUUAGACAAAAAACCAAUGAUUCAGAUUUUAAAGCCAAUAAGGAAUUUGUUAAAAAGAUUCAAAAACAAAUAUAUAAAAACAAUGAUGUCAAAUUUGCAACUGUUAAAAGAUUCCGUCAAGGUUUUACAUAUGAUGCAGUUAAUACUUUACUUGCAGAUGAAAAUAAAUUAGAAGAGUUUAAGUCAGGUAAUUCAGGAGAUGCUGAUUUUAAUAAUUUAUAUAAACUUGAACAAAUUUCCUCAUUACUUUGGUCAAUAAGAGACGCCAAUAAUGCUUAUUCAAACAAUCAAAAUAAUAAAUUAACAAUUGGAGAUCAAAACCCUUAUUCCACUGCUCAAUAUGAAUUAAAUUUACCAAAUUCAAAUCAAUCAAUUAAAAUUUCAUCUACGACAAAUCAAGACUCAAAAAGAUCAACAGUUUUAGUUACUGAAAAUAUGAUUAUUGCAAAUCACUUAACUGCAAAAUUUGCAAAAGAUAACCAAAUUCCAAUUUUAUAUAGAUCAUUAGAUCCAAAUUUUUCACCUGAAUUAUUAAAGGAGUACAAUGAACUUAUUACUUUAUCAACUGAAACAAAUCAAGAAACUUUAUUAAAUUUUUAUUCAUUUUUGACUAGAAGUAUGAUUGAUAAUACUCCAAAUAAACAUUUCCUUAUGGGUUUAGAUAUGUAUACUAAUAUAACAUCACCAUUAAGAAGAUAUAUAGAUAUGAUAAAUCAAUGGAAAUUUCAAGAUUUCUUUUUAAAAAGAGAAACAAUACCUAAUGAAGCAAUAAAUGGAAUUAUAUCUCAUUUAAAUGCACAAAAUGAUAUUGUUAGAAAUUUACAAAGAAAAUCAAUUACUUUUUAUCAAUUAUUAUUCUUAAAAUUAUAUAAUGAUCAAAAUCAAGAUUUAGCAUCAAGUUUAAAUUUGAAAUUAAAAUUGAGAAACAAUCCCAAAAAAGGUCAAUGGUGCUCAGUUACAAUAGAAAAUUUCUCAAGUAUACAUUCUCACGUUGAAGUUAGUUCUGCAUUAUUGGACGAUGUUAACAAGAAUAUAUUGAAAAUUGGGGAAUAUUUUGAUAACUCAAGAUUACAUUUAAAAAAGAUUGACAUAAUUGAAAACGAAUUAAUUUUUGAAUACAUAUAG